CUCUCUAUCACACCGAGCAACUCCAAAGCUUCAUCGACAGCAAAUUUUUCGAUCAAUUCCUCGAAGAUUUCAAUACAAAAGAUAAAACUACGAAAGGAAUCCAUCGUUGCAUGGAGAAUUUCCCGAAGUACAAAGAAAAAUUGGAAAUUCUUUUGCCGGUAGCCGAAAUCUUCGUCAAUCCGAAAGUCUAUCGGGAACUUCGGAAGAGAAAUUGUCGAAUUGAUCUAUUGUGUCAAGGUGAUCUCUGGCCACCGAAUGUGAUGUGGAAUCACGAUUCGAAAGAUCCAGAAAACAAAAAGCUUAAAGCUAUUUUGGAUUGGCAACAAGUUCACCUCGGCAAUCCGUUGGAAGACUUAGUGAAAUGGUUGAGUCUGUCAAUUGAUCCAGAAAAGUACAAGAAUAGCAUCACAAAAUUCCUUGCUUACUACUACGAGAAUUUGCUGAAAUUCGCCGGUGAUCGCUUGGUUCCCUGGAAAGAUUUUGAGGAGUUUCAAAAAUGCUACGAAUUGAUGUACGUUUGGCAAACGGCGUUGUACUGUCCAAUUGUCGCGAAUACGGGAGAUUUGAUCUUUGAGGGGAUUAAAGAUGAGAAAACGAUUGCGCCGUUGCGAAAAGUGUAUCACGAGAAAUUCUUGGUGAUGAUCGAUGAAUCUGUGGAAUUGAUUGAGAAAUGGAAACACGAAAUAUUUGAGAUAACAAUA